AGUCAUGUGUUAUUUUGAGUCCUGAUAAUGUGAGAUAAUAUAGUUUGGGAGCGUGAAACCCGGCGAAUGCGUUCGUCUAGUACUUUAUCAGUUCGGUACCACAACAUCCGACAGCAAGUGUGUCACCGUUCGCCGGCGUGAAUGUUGGUUUUAUUAAAUAGCUGGCCGCAUCGAACACCACAAGAUGGCUGGAACAUGUGAAUCUUGGGAAGAGGACGACCGUGAAGGAGAUUUCAGAAAAACUGGCCAGACGUGUUACAACAGAGAAAAACAAUCGAACGAUGGCGGACAUGUCUUUGACUGUGCUUUUCAUCCGACCCGGCCUUUACUAGCGUGCGGAUUAAGUAAUGGAUCGAUCCGGUUAUUCCGUGGUCGGGAUGCAGACGCAGUGUUCGAUAGCUGGACAAUAGACGACCGAUUCCGAUUGGACAACGCGACCCACAUCAACUGCUUGGCUUGGAACGUGGAUGGAACGCGGUUAGCGGCCGGAUGCUUUGACGGGACAGUUGCAAUAUGGCAGUGCAAUGGAACCGAUGACUCUGUUAUACCUUACCAAGCAAAAGAACAUAAUUUAGCAGUAUUUGACAUCAUCUGGAAUCGAUGGAACUGUUACCUGUUUGCCACACGAAGCCGGGAUGAAGGAGAACUCCAGAGGAUAUUUACAUGGAACUCAGAUUCGAACGAACCAGUGUAUUGUCAAUGCCUCGAACUCGACACGAAAUUCGUUUGGGAUUUCGAAUGGAUCUCUUCUACACGGCUGGCCGCAUGUACUUAUGAAGGAACUAUCCUCAUUUGUGAAAUCGGGUCUAAACUGCCGGUUAGGCGUCUCAGCCACCCUGGUGUACGGAAAGUUCGAUGGCAUUUCGCGUUGCACUAUCUCAUUUCAUGUUCAACUGAUGGAUCAAUUAAGGUUUGGUCUAAAAACAGGCAUCAAGAAGUCGGCGAGAUCCAACUGGAGAACCGAGUCUAUUGCGUCGAUUGCCACGGACUUCGAUCCGGCGGAUCCGCUUUGAUUGCCAGUGGGCUAGAAGAUGGAACAGUUGCCAUUUGGCACGUGACGGAAAACCGAUUACAAAUUCUCAGUGAACAUUAUUUGGAUGCCGUCACUUGCAUCUCGUUUUCACCUGACGGACAGUACCUGGCAACGUUAGAUAAUGAAGAAAAACUGAUUAUUUGGUCUACGGCGAAUUGGGUCGUAAUCUUUCAUCACUUUAAACCAGCAACCGAAUACUGGAAUCAUAUCAGGUGGAAUACCACCAGCAACAAAUUAGCGAUAUCCAGUACUUCUCACGAGAUCCAUAUUAUCGAGCUGGAAGAUGAAUUCGAAGACUGCAUCAGCUCACAUGACGAAUAAAAGUCUACGUCAAUUUAUCCCUUUUCAAUAAUUAAACUGUUGUAUGUACCACAUCUAUCAUCUCACAUACAUGUUGAAAUUUCUACUU